AUGAUUUGCCAACGAUGUCAGAAGUUUUUACGUAGUUGCGAAGGUAUCAAAUGCGAUAUGUGCGAAUCUAGAUUUCAUAUUAAAUGUAUCGGAGGGAAUCCAAAAAAAUUCGACCUUGAAUGCGGAGAUAGGAAAUAUUAUUGGACUUGUGCCACGUGUCAAAAACCUGUUUCCAAAAAUGACGCUGAAAGCAUUAAAAUAGAAACAAUAACUAACGCUAUAAACACAUUGAUGGAAAAGUUUGAAGUUGUUAAUAAAAUCCAGUUACCGAAACUAAAUAACGAUUUGCUACUAAUAAAAUCUGUAACUGACAGAAUUAUAACGCAAAAUCAGAAUAUACUCUUAAAACUUGAAGAAUUAAAGGCUAAACAAUGUGCUGAUCAAUUAAAGAAUAACUCGAAAAACAAAUAUCAGAAAAGAAACGUCAAUUUAUCACCAAGACCAAAUCGGCAUGAUGAAAAACCUCUGAUUUUGAGUCCAGAUAAAAUCGUCAGGUAUAGGACACGUAGGCGAUCAUAUCCAGUUAUUAAAAUGUUACUUCAACUAAACCGAAAGCUAAAUCACGGAAGAUCACAAAAGAGAAAAACAAAUUAA